GAUGGGUGGUAUUCCAUGGACUGCGGAAGAGGAUCAGUUGCUGAGGAAGUGCAUAGAGAAGAAUGGAGAAGGCAAAUGGCAUCAAAUUCCUCACUUAGCCGGUCUAAACAGGUGCCGUAAGAGCUGCAGGCUUCGAUGGCUAAACUACCUUCGGCCAAACAUCAAGAGAGGGAGCUUUGAACAAGAGGAAGUUGAACUCAUCAUCAAGCUCCAAAGGCUCCUGGGAAACAAGUGGUCAUUAGUUGCAGCUAGGCUUCCAGGAAGGACCGGUAAUGAUGUGAAGAACUAUUGGAAUUGCCACUUGAGCAAGAAGCUAAAUGCUCAAGAACCUCAUGAUGAUCAUCAGAAGAUAAAUCAUGCAAGUAAUGUACAAGUCAUCAGACCCCAACCUUCAAAAUAUGCCAGCUCAAACUCAAAGAGGCCAAUGAUAAGUAGUACUCUUGAGGAUCAGCCUUGCCAAGCCUUGGAGGAAAGCAACAGAUCAUCAAAGGCAAUCCUGUGCAGUAUUGAUAGAGACCAGGGGCAGAUCGGUCAGAUAGUUGAGAGAGAGGAUAGCAACAAUCCAUGUGUAAAGGAAGAACAGGAAGGGAACAAUGACUUCAUUGGUGAUUUCGGGAUGGUAGACCUUGAUCAAUUUGAACAAGUUAUUGAGCAAUAUGAUCAAGAGGUCAACAACAACAACAACAAAUGGGAGUGGGAUGACUCCAUCUUGGACAUGGAUCUUUGGAUUUCUGACUCUUCAUAAAUAGUUAUGAAAGUGAUUUUAUUCUUAGGUGUCUACUAGUCAUUAGUAAGAUUAUGAUGCGUGAUUCUGUAAUCAAAAUAAUGUUCAUGUAUCUUGUAGUAGACUAAUGUCGAAUUGCCAUU